AUGUUCGUUUGCACUUCAAAGGCAGAUUCUUCGAGGUCAGUUAGAGGGGACAACCGACCACGUUUAGUUUUUUCAGAGAGCCGAAAAAGGCAAAGAGUCUAAGUAUUCCGCUGGACACUUCGGUGGCUGCUCAGGAAAUGGCUCAACCGAGUCCACCUGCCCCUGUUCCGACGAAUGAAAAGAGUCAGAGGAGGGAUGUGUACGGAACAGGAACCGAAAACGACAAUAUUCCUUUAUUUCUCUGUUUCUAGACUUGACUCCAUAAAGAUACGAAAGAAGAACGUUAGGAAGCCAAGACAACUGAAAGAAAAGAAGGAGGAGACCGAUUCGCAGCACACGGAAGUCAUCAAUGUUCCGUUGGGCAAGGCUUCCGAGUGAGUACUGUAGCUACCGUACUCCAUAUCAUCAUCCUUCAAGAUCUGCAACGGGCGUUUCGAAACUCACUUCUCCGGCUGAUCAGAAAGUGACGGAGAAGCCGGGCGGGAAGAAGAUUCAAUUCGCGGAAAAGCUCGUCCGAUCGACGCUCACUUCAGACGCCGGACGCCAGACCCUGAAGUCGCCGGUUGGGAAUGUUGAUGAUCUAUAUAAAACUAGUAGAACAUUUGCAGGAUACGAAGUGA